CCUUGCAGUUUCAAUUUUGCAAGCUUGCAAUCGCGAUUAUAAUUAAUAACAAAUAAUAAAUAUACAAAUAACUUAUUAACCCCUUUUUGGUUAAUAACAAUUAGCUACUUAACGGGUAAUAGUGGUAACACCAUUAUUCAUCAAUUAUUAAUUUUAUAAUUUAUAAUAAAUGCUCUGUGCUAUAACUGUACAUUAGAAUAAGACAUAAUUGAAAUUCUGAUGUUGUCAGUUAUAUUGAUGUGCCUACCUCAAAUAAUAAUAAGUAAUAGAUCUUAUUCGCUGUUAUAAUUGUGUGUCUGUGCUGCUGUUCCUUGUGGAGAACGUCUAAUUUCAGAAUCAGGAUGGAUAAAAAGAAAAUUAAGUUAUCAAAUACAGGUACAAUGCAAAAAAAACCUACUAUUAGGUCCAAUACAAGUAACACUAGUAUGACUCCAAAUAAUAAUACACCAAAAAAUGUGAAUCAUCGUUCCAUAAGUAAUCUUAGUACUCUAAAAGAUAGUGAUGCUGUUAGACGACUCAAAAGCACCAACGUUACCUUAGAAAGAAAUGGCAGUAUGCCAAAUUUAAGCGCAACUGGUAAUAGAUUACAAUUGGAUAAAACUACCAAGCUAAGAUUUGCAUAUGACAAGUAUCUCAGCAGCUUGGAAGCAAAAUAUGUGUUUCAGCAGAUUGAAAAAAAUAUAUCUUCAAAUGUCAAUGAACAAAAAAAGGUUUUUAGGGAUGAAUUUGUUAUUCUCAAAGAUCAAAUAGUAACUUUAAGUAACGAAUUAGAAAAGAUAAAUGGAUUAAAAACUGAAAAAAAAUUAAUUGAUCAAAAAAUUGAAGCACUUGAAAUGAUCAAUAAAGCUCUUGUAUUUAAUGAUUCUGAUGAAGAAAUUAUGACAUUGUUCUCUAGUACGGCAUCCAAAGUUGUUUUAAAGAAUUUUAAGCAAUUGGAUGAAACUGACCUAAAUGCUGUUAAGAUUCUAUUGAAUGAAAUUAUAGAGCCAUUGAAACUACUUGAUUAUGAAAAUAAAAUUAAUGUACGGAUUCAAUUAAAAGAUUCUUUGAUUAAAGUCGCAAUGUUAACUAAAGAAUUAGACACAUUAAAAUUGAAGUGUGAAAAGUUAUUUGAUGAACAAGAUAGUUUGCUGAAUUAUAAUAAAUCACUCAAAAUAUUAAAAGCUCAAUUUGGAGAAAAUCCAGACCCAAAUUUACUGCCAUCAAAAAGUAACUUAGUGGAAGAAGUUGAAAAUAUGUUAGAUGAAAUGGAAUGGUAAAAUGGUUUAUUUUUUACUAAAAAUAUAAAAAUUAAAAAUCAAAUAUAUUUUUUAUUUAAGUUUUUUUUUAAUGUUCUUGUUUUUUGUCGUCAAAAAUUACUUUUUAUUAUACAAUUUAUUAUUUGUGAUUUUGAAUUAUAAAAUACUUCAGAAUAUAUCUAUCUAUUAAAUUACUAAUAAAGAAUUUAUUUAUUCUAUUUAAUAUUAAUUAUUUUAUUUUAAACAUUUUACGGAUAUUGAUCCAAAUACAAAUUGUGUUCAUUCAGUGUUGUAAAGUACUUGAGUAAAAGUAUUUAAAUUCUGUUUAAGUAAUCAAUUACUUAUUUUAAAUACUUUUGAAAAAAUAACUUAAACAAAGUAUUUUAAAUACUUUCUCGAAGUAUGUGUAUUUAAUAUCAAAUACUUUAAUUAUUCUUUUUAAUUUAAAUAUUUUCUAUUUUAAUUUUGAUCAUGUAAAAUGAAAAUAAAAAUUGAGAAUGUGUAAAAUAAUAUAUAUUUUUAUUGUGAAUUUUGCUCAACUGAGAAUAAAUACUUUGACAAAAGAAACCGUUAUUAAAGUUUUACAUGUGGGAUUAUUUGUAUUAUCUAUUAUCAUCAGAUUUACUAUUAUAUUUAUAUUUACUAUUAGUCUUAUAAUCUAUUGUAUUGUAUUAAGUUGUUACUAUUGUUGUAGUCACAAUAAUACAGUCCAGUCAGUAGUGAGUGGACCGUGAUCGUGAUUUUACCGAGUAGGUUAAGCCGUUAAGUUGUUACAGUAAUACAGAAUUCUUUAAUACUUGA